AUGCACCAUCUCCUUCGAUUAUUCAUGCUUUCGGCUACGGCCCUUGGCUAUCAGGCCCAUGCCACCCGACAAUCAGAUUCCAUCCAAAUAGUCGAGCUUCAGCACUACAAGGGCAGCGGAUGUGCCCCAGGAUCCGUAACAACUGCCGUCAGUCCUGACCACAAAUCCAUCACCGUAUCUUUCGGCUUCGGAAGCAUCCCGCCUACCAGCCCCCGGAUGCCCUGCGACCUCCUGUUCACCUUGCUGUACCCGACCGGCUGCACCAGCGCUGUCAUCGAUGCCGUCUACAACGGGCUCGAGGAUUUGAGCCCGGGGUUCAGCGGGAACCUCACAGCCAACUAUGCCAUCUCGGGCAUCACCAGUGGCGAGGCGCCGCCUACUACCUUGUUCGAAGCUGGUGUUUCUGCUCCAUGGACAAGGACAGAUGUCAUUACUGCUGAUGCGGCGAUAUCUGGCGAUAGCCAGCGCAACGUGACGUUUGAGGACUACGUCGUGCUGGACCUGAGUGAUAAUGCUGCCAUAGGGCAAGUCACAAUCAACAACAUAACCAUUGAGAUCUCUCUGGAGACGGCAUGCUGA